AUGCAAGAUCUCACGGAUGAAGAGCUACAAAGAUAUAACAAUUCAGAUAAAUACCACAUAUGCAAGAGACAUUUCAACGAGGAUAUGCGUGUUGCUGAUCAUUGUCAUUUUACUGGUAAGUUUCGUGGAGCUGCACAUCGGUCUUGUAAUCUCCGUUAUAAAGUACCUAAAUACAUCCCAAUCGUCUUCCAUAAUCUGAGUGGGUACGAUGCGCAUCUAUUUAUCAAGGAAUUGGCCAAACAGUAUGGAGAUGAAAAGAUUACCCUCAUCGCCGAAAACAAAGAAAAAUACAUCUCUUUCUCGCUGGAUGUUGUGGUCGGUGAAUAUGUGAACAAAGGUGAGAAAAAGAAUCUCAGGAUACAACUGAGAUUCAUCGAUAGUGUGCGUUUCAUAGCUAGUAGCCCGGAUAAGUUGGUAAACAAUCUAUCUGAUGAGCAGUGUAAAAAUCUUCGAAAAUUCUUCAAGGGUGAUGAGCAAUUCAAACUAUUGAGAAGAAAAGGAGUUCAUCCAUAUGAAUACGUUGAUUCUUUCGAUACGUUCAAUGAAACUAAUCUUACGGCAAAAGAUGAUUUUUACAGCAAGUUGAACAUGAGCGGUAUCAGUGAUGCUGAUUAUGCGCAUGCGCAGAAGGUGUGGAAAGACAUGAAAAUCAAAAAUAUGGGUGUGUAUCAUGAUAUCUACCUCAAGACCAACGUUCUAUUGCUUGCUGAUGUUUUUAAGAUUUUUAGGAAAACAUGCCUAAAACAUUAUCAAUUGGAUCCUGCACAUUUUUACACUGCUCCUGGGUUAGCUUGGCAAGCAUGUUUGAAAAAGACCGAGAUUAAGCUAGAUUUGUUGCAUGAUAUGGAUAUGUUUAUGGAGAAAGGUAUUAGAGGAGGUCUCACUCAGGCUGUUCAUAGACAUGCUAAAGUUAACAACAAAUAUAUGGGUGUUCGAUAUAAGACGACCGAAGAGACCAGCUAUCUCCAGUAUCUUGAUGCAAACAAUCUGUAUGGAUGGGCUAUGAUUCAAAAAUUACCAACGGGAAAGUUCAAGUGGGUUGAUGAUCCUAAUAAAUUCACGACUAAACUCACUUCUAUGUUGGCUGAAGAAAACGGUGAAAAAGGUUACAUACUCGAGGUGGAUGUGAGAUAUCCAAAAGAGCUACAUGAUACACAUAACGAUCUUCCUUUCAUGCCUGAGCGAAUGGAGAUUAAUGGGGUCGAAAAGCUAACUCCAUGCCUUUCUGACAGAAAAAAUUAUGUUAUUCACAUCCGUGCGCUUGAUCAAGCGUUCAAACAUGGUCUUGUUCUUAAUAAGGUUCAUAGGGUGAUAGCAUUUGAGCAAAGCGCAUGGUUGAAACCGUACAUCGAUUUUAACACCGAUUUGCGUACAAAAUCAACGAAUGACUUCGAGAAAGAUUUUUUCAAGCUGAUGAAUAAUCGGUCUUUGGUAAAACUAUGGAAAACCAACGUAAGCACAAAGACAUGCGCUUGGCUACCAAGAAACAACAAUAUGAGAGACUGGUGA